ACUAAUUUGUCUGCAAUCUGCUUUCGAAGGAAAACGAAUUCUUAGGUAAUUUAUAAGGGGAAGAUUUUUGAAGCGACAAGAAGGAAGAAAUCUAUCGCAAGAAAACCCAGCUUCAUGACGAAUGACACUUUAAUACAAUGUUUGUUCCUGACAUACCACAAGAUUGAAAAAACUAAGUCUUUGAUAACUCUAUCAGUCAUAGUGUCUGUUUGGAAUGGAAUUCUAUUCGGAGUUGCAUUGGUUGCCAACGGUCUCGUCUGCACAGCGAUACUGAAACAUCGCGAAUUGCGCGUUAGAGCUUCCAACACCCUCCUCUUACUCCUAUCCAUGAGCGAUUUUUGUGUAGCCUUCGCAGUUCAACCGCUGUAUACCCUCCGACGAUAUUUGGAGCUGCAAGAACGCUACCACUGCUGGGUAAUGCUUUGUUACAGGGUAUUAUGGCAUCUUUCGAUAGGGACAUCUUUUCUUAUUCUCUUUUUCAUCGCGUGCGAAAGAUAUAUCGCGCUGUUCUACACGUUCAAGUACAAAGAAAUCAUCACAGUUCCAAGACUUGUGAUCUUCACUGGGGUCUUCGUUGCAUCAUGGGCAACAUUUGUGAUCUCUCGCUUUUUCGGUCUCAGCACAGCGCAAUACUACACAGCAGCGAUUUCGUUUAUCAUCACAUUCGUCACCUUUAUCAAUUUUGUGUACAUUCGCAUCUUUAGGCUAGCUCGUCGUCACCAUUUCCAAAUAAGCCGUAUGUUGAUGGCACAAUCUUCAAUGAUUGCAAGAGAAAGCAAAAUAACAAAAACAACUGCGUACAUCGUGGGAGCCGUAUUAACCUGUUACUCUCCGCUGCUGAUAUCUUUGGUAGCUGUCAAGUUCUUCGACGACAAAAUAUUUCAUUACUACGUUUUUCCAGUCACUGAUUGCUUCGUAUUCAGCAACUCCGCGCUUAAUCCGCUGAUUUAUUGCUGGCGAAAUAGCGACUUAAGGCGAUGCAUUCGAAUGAUGCUGCAAUUUUGUUCUCUAAGACACAAAGUAAGCGCGGUUUCUUCAAUAACUAUGCAAAACUUGGCACAAAGAGGUAAUAACGCCGAUUAUGAUUAAACACUCCUCUCCUUACCGGUUCGUAACUUGGGGGUGGGGGCUAGGUUUCCCAUGACCCACAUCUUCCUUCCGCGUUGAGAGAUAAGACUUCGUAAAGUCUUUCUCAAGGAAAUAAGAAUCUUGUAGGUCAAGUUUGCACAGACGCGCGAAUCCAAAGAACCUACAGAGCAAAGAUCGUCUUCGAUACUCGAUAUUUCAUUUGCCGGUCCUUAUCGCCGCACCAACACUUAUCACCAAGAGAUUAUGAACUCUUGUAAUCAUACUGUUGGAGAAAGAAAAACCGGUUUUAAAGCUAUGCCGUCUGCGAUUGGGUAUCAACAAGUGAAUAAAGCUUUGUAACAUGUUAAUUGAAGUGAAAGAUAAUGAUCAUCUUUCGAUUAAAUUGCCAGGCUUAGCAUUUACUAUCUUCAUUAACAUCAUUAUUAAGCAAAAGCACCACAUACGACAUACCUAUCCUAGAAAUAUGCAGCAAG